GUUUAUAUAGAGAUUAUUCCAUUGAAUUUGUUCAAUAAAAAUACAUACUACACUACACUAUAAUUUGUCAAUUUGAAUAUAAUUCAUCACCUUGCAAUAAUUUGAAUAAAACAAUAAUAAUUGUAAUUUGGAUGAUUCACAGACACAUAAAAUCCACUGAAAACUCUUGGGUAUAGUUAAAUGGCCGUUAAAUGCUCCUGUCCACCGCCCAAACAAUAUUUAAACUUGUAUUCUCCUCUCAGGAAUUUUAAAGUAAGUUGCCAAGAGGAUGGGGAGUAUAUUUUUAAUAUAGCCUCUGACCACAAGCUGCAGGAAUAGGAUUUUUUUAAAUGUCUGCUGCUCAUAGAUAAGGGCUUUGUUGGUGUCUUGACUUGCCCAGAGGGACUUGAGACCGGAGAAGUGUGCAGUUUCCACAGAAUCCAGUCUUAAAUGUGCAGUCGGGAGCGGGGAUGUGGGGAGCGUUUCAGGAAGUAGGGUGUGUGUGGAAGUUGACAUCCCUUUUCUGAAGAACCCGCGGGAUGCGUCUUCAUUCGCUCUCUGUUUGUUUGGUGCGGAGGUGUAAUGCCUGUAGUUUAGAAGGGGCUCAGCCUUUUUGCGGAAGUGAAACGGCCCUUCGCAGCCCCCUUGCUGAAAACGCAUGACUCACACAGGAACCGUCAGUGGUGAGUGAACCUUGACAGUCUGUCCACAGGACGCUCUCAAGCCUGACGCUCCUCAGUGGGUCCGGCCUGAGGAUAGUCCUUUCUGGGGCCACUACAGGGGCCACCACAGGGGCCACCACAGAGCCCACUGAACAGCCGUACAGCUAGACUGUCCCCCUGAGCUCAAGACCAAAUCCGGAGACUCUACCACUGUGGAGUCCAGCACCAACGGAGGCAGACGGACACCCAGGGCUCUUUGGAGUCCCAAAGACGAGAUUGGUGGCCAGCGGUGGGACCGGAACGCGCGACAGGAUCUGGACUGCGGUAUCAGCAGAGGGUCAACGACCGUACAGAAACUGGACUGAGUUGGACUGACUCCAGCGGUUGGAGCAGCCCCCAGGUCCAGCACAGAGUUCAGUAGCUGGUUCAGCAGUGAACUCGCCAACUACGCCGUUACUACAGUGAAGCGGGGAGCAAACCCAGAGGAUGGACUGUGCUGUCUGGACAGUCAUCAUUUUCUGUGUGAGCGCUGCGAGCCGUAGCCGGGGCUGUGUGCUGACUGAUCCCGCAAACCGGGUGCAGGAGGGGUCCGACGUACGCCUGACCUGCACAUUCUCCACCUGUCCAGGCCCCUUGGAUCACACUGUCCACGUCACCUGGGAAUUCAAUGACACAGUCGUCGCGUUUUAUUAUCUGAAUCAAACUGGUCGUUCCCACCUCGAAUAUGUGGGGGACAUUUUGGCAGGCGACUUCUCGGUACUCUUGCGGUCAGUGACUCCGCAGCACGCCGGGACCUACACUUGCCUCGUGCGUCCUUCUGGCAGUGGGUUCAUCUACAAAAACCGCACUCUGCUCGCCGUCGCCCCCCGCGGGUCAGGCAGACGCAUUAUGGUGAACUCUGACCCCUCCGUGCCAUUACCGCUGAGGCUGAUCCUGGGGUGCUGUGGGGCGGGGCUUCUGGUGCUGGCAGCAGGAAGCAUGCUGGGAGUGGGGGCAUACUGGAGGAGGGGGCGGGGCCAGUGGAACACCUCGAGAAAGAACCAGGGGACACCUGCAUCCACAGAAGAAAAAUGUCCUCACAAAGAUAAGGACCAGGACUGCUACGUGACCCUGCAGAGGGGCAAGGCACCCCCUCCGGCGUCCAAAGAGGAAAGCAUCUAUGUCACCAUGCAUGGGCGACCGGUUCCACCCGGCCUCCAAGCCCAGCCGAGCCCCAACAGGAAGGGGAUCCCGACGGAGUGGUGCGCUCAAGAAAACCCUCCCCGUGUGAAAAACGAGAACCUCCCCUCCCCACAUCCCGACAGCAGUGCUGCCUCCUGCCAUGUGAUUGACCAAUCCGGACUCUCGUAGGACGGACGGAACUUGGAUGGGACCAAUGGCACGUCGUCUGCGUCCGGCUGCCGGGGCGGCGGCUGCGGCAUUCUGAUGGGUGCCUCCGAACGCAGCGGCGCUGGUCUGAAUCGAGCCUUCGGGGUAGCGCGCGGCUCCCUUUGCGUUCGCGUUAGCGCUGUAAACCGCACUGGAUGCCCGCGCCCCCUAAAGGACAGCGGUGUGAA